GCUCCGAUUUUUGUGCGGAAAAAAGCUGAAAUAUGCUACAAAUGUGAUAGUUUCUCAUUAUAUUAGUUGUUUCACACAUCUUACAGUGAUAUUUCGUAGUUAUUUUCGUAUAUUUUAAAAAUAACAGCUGCAGUAAGUGUGAGCAGCGAUGCAUCGCAGACGGAGAGCAGACAGCAGCAGAAGAUGUUAGAUAUUUUGUGAAACGAAAGUGAAAAUUGUGGGUCUACUUCUGCCAAAUGGGAGUGAGUGUUUAGGAAUAUUCAAUGACUUGAACCUAGCGUAUAGAAAAAUAAAGCAGCUGCUAGCUGGACAACAGUAGCAGCACAGAAUACAGACUCCCAAGGACUCCAGACCUGAUGCUGUAGUGGGACAUUGGACAUCAGACAAAUGGGUGAAGUACAAGAUCCUGAACAGCAGUAUAGUCUGCGUUGGAAUGACUUUCAUGCCAGCAUUAUUUCAUCGUUCAGACAUCUUAGAGAUGAAGAGGAUUUUGUGGAUGUUACUCUGGCAUGUGAUGGAUGUUCCUUCACAGCACACAAAGUGGUUCUAUCUGCUUGUAGUCCAUAUUUUAGAAGACUGUUAAAGGCUAACCCUUGUCAGCAUCCUAUUGUUAUAUUAAGAGAUGUAAAGGAGAAGGACAUGGAAUCGCUUUUGCGUUUUAUGUACAAUGGCGAAGUGCACAUAGGUCAGGAACAGUUAUCGGACUUUCUGAAGACGGCUCAGAUGCUGCAGGUCCGAGGACUUGCUGAUGUCCCCACAAAAGAAAACCAGAAACCACCUGUAUCAAAUUCACUUCCAUGGUCACAGUCUUCUGAAAUGAGAGAUAGUUUCAAUGACGACGAUGUUUCACCACCACCUAAAAGGAAUCGCUUCUCGCCAUCUCCUGCAUCUUCUGCGGCACAUAACAAUGGUGGUGAACAGAUGAUGAGAGAAUCCCUCUUGGGCCAAGCAUUGGAAAGUGGAGCCCAGCUGCCUCCCUCGGCUGGCUCUUCUCAUCAGAACAAGGGUACAUCUGAAUCUUCUCUGCAAGCGCAGUCGACUGGUGAGGAUAGUAAUUCAAGUGAUACCGCAAUGUCUGACAGAGGAGGACAUAUGACUGAUAUUGUUCCCAAGACUGAACCAAGUGAAUUUGGUUCAGCCGAUGAUAAUCAACAACUUCAUCAUCAUGGCAAUGGCAAUGGGAUUGGUCUGGACACUCAGAGGACUCCCCCAUUUCCAGCUGCACUUCUUGGUUUACAAGGCAUUCCUGGACUGCUUCCUGGACCUUCUGGUCUCCACAGUAAUAAUCAGGAUGGAAAUUUUGUAUCAAGACGAGGUUUGGAUAUGAUGCGGGUACGUGCAACAGACCCAAGGCCUUGUCCAAAAUGUGGGAAGAUUUAUCGUUCAGCACAUACAUUACGCACUCAUCUGGAGGACAAACACACUGUGUGCCCUGGAUAUCGUUGUGUGUUGUGUGGCACUGUGGCAAAAUCACGAAACUCUCUUCACUCCCACAUGAGCCGACAGCAUCGAGGCAUCAGCACGAAGGACCUUCCUGUAUUACCGAUGCCUUCCCCUUUUGAUCCAGAACUGGCAUCAAGAUUACUGGCGAAGGCAGGUGUCAAAGUGUCAGCAGCUGAACUACGUGCACGGGCUUCUCCGACAGGGCCACGUCGUCCUGAAAUGAGGCUCGAGGUAAAAACAAACCAUGUGGGGGACUCAGUAAGAUAUUCUAGUGCACCAUCAGAAGCAGGGAGCAGUAUUUAUGGUGGUGAUGACCCAGAAGACCUGACAGUUUCCAACUCUAGGUUUGGAAAUGUUGAACUUACACCACUUUCACCAUCUGGGAAUUCUGCCCCUGUAAUUACAAAGGCUGGACCUCCUAAGCAUCAUCAGAAUCCUGCAAUAGCAGCAAAAUCUCUGGAGGCAUUGGGCAUGGGUGCACCUCCUGUUGGCAACAGACUUGUUGAAGGAAAUCGUGCACCUUUACCACCACCACCUCCUCCAACACCGUCUGGAGCCUCUACUGGUAGUGCAAUAUUGGACACUUACCUACAAUUUAUAGCUGAAAACUCAAAUACUUUGGCACUGGGAUUGAGUCGUGAGCAAGCAGCUGCACAUGUAGCUGCUGCUGCCGCUGCUCAGCAUGCUGCAGAAGUUGCCUCAGUGGAGGGUAAGAUUGGUUUAGCUGAGCAGACACCUGAACGGGUUGUGGAUCGAGACAUUUUGGAAGACAUGGAAUCAUCAGGAGCAGAUGAUGAUGAUUAUAGUGAGGAUGAACAAGAGGCUAUCAAAGCAGAAUAAAAAUUAGGCUUCAUUCACCCCUGGAUUUGUACUUCAUGCUCAGUUUCCCAUCUCCUGACACGGGUAAGAAGUAUAUCAUAAAAGAAGAGAAACUGUAUUGAAGUACAAGAAUUCCUUCCAUCUACCUCACUCUCAGGAUGUCACAAAUGUUUUAAUUCUUUCUGAAUUUUUGUGCAUAUAAAAUAAACAUUCAGGUCAAUGUAAAAGAGAAUGUGUUAUGUUGAGAGACUGGUUUAGAGUGGCAUGUCUAUUUCUGAUAUGCAUAAAUUCAUUAUCACUGGUUUACUAUUGUGUUUGACUAAUUUAUGUAUCUUAUAUUUUUAGGUGUUAAGACAUUUUAUAUUAUAUUUCACAUAAUUUAUUUUAUACUUUAUACAUUUAUUAUUUGACGUGUUAACUGCUCUUUUUAGAAUUUUACAAUCAGACAUUUUGACUGAACAUAUUCCAUCCUUCUACCUCAAUUGCCAUUUUGUAAAAAGAAUCUACGGUCCAUCUAAAACGACGGGAAAAAUUGUGGCAAAGAUUCUUACAGGCACUUAAGCACCUGAAAGUCACUAGCAUGAUUAUCUGUAUGUAUAAAAUUUAUUUUUACGUUAUAGAUUACACUGUUCCAAGAAUAACUCUUGGUUUAUAUAAACCAUAUACCACGAGAAAAAUUAACGAUUGCUAUACUGAAGCAAAUGUCAUAUUUACUGUAUUUAUA